UAAAAGCGAGCACGCCAUUUUAUUAAGCAAGUCUUAAUUUUGAAAUAUUUCGUGUAUAUGUUACUGAACACGUGACAAUAAAGGACGAAAAAGUGGCUAGUUCUGACUAGAAAGGCUUCGACGCUUUGACCUUUGCCAUUUAAGCACGAGUCUGUUGUAAAGAAGGAUGGCGGAUCUCUUGGAUCUUCCCGGUGCUUCUUCUAUGCAGAAGAUGUCGACUAGAACGUUUAGACAGAAAGCUCAAGAAUUUCUUUCUUCGCGAAAAUAUGCCAACAAUCUUGUCGACAUAAUUAGCCAGUGGGAUGAAUCUUCCUCUGCCUGUUUACUAACCAUAGAAACAAUAUUCGUGGAAGUGCUUAAACGGGGUGACAUGUUUAUAGAACAUACAAUUAUUCUUACCAUCUCAGAACCUAGUCCAGAAUCUCGUUAUAUCAAUUGGUUGCGCAAUUGUUACGAAGAAGUGUGGGAAAAAAUUCUGCUAUCUCUGGAAAAAUCUCGUCCAGCCAUUCAACUGCAAGCUCUUACUACGGCAUUGAAACUAUUAGCCCAAGAAGGUAAAACUCCGUUGGAACCAACUGGCCAUUUAGGAUAUUACUUACCGUUACAUCGUCUCAAACCUAUUCUUAUGUCUUUACUUUCCCCGGAGAAAGACAAUAUUAAUCUUAUAAACAGAUUUCAAGAGAUAGCUACAUAUUUGGAUGCGCUUUAUUAUACAUGGAAAUGCCUUCCAUCUCUCACUCCGAAGAGACAGCCACGAGAGACAUACAUAAAGAAUUUACUAGAACUUAUAGAUAAAUUGCCACUGCCUAAAGGUAUGGAAGAAAAUGAAAUCUGCGAAAGUAAACAAUUAUUGUGUGGAUUAAACGGAGCCACUAAUAACUUUACUUGGGAUCAAGCCAGUGUAAGACGUUCGCUUAACAAAGUAUGGGCGUGCGUUAUGCAUUGGGAAUUAACGCCUCAACUACACAAACAAUUGUUAAUAGUGCUUUUGGAAAGAAUUAUGCCACAUCUUGAAAAGCCAUUAGUAUUAACGGAUUUCCUUAUGGAUUCCUUAGAUGCGGAUGGUCCUAUCGGAUUACUUGCUUUACAAGGUGUAUUCUUACUGGUUACAAAACACAAUUUAGAAUAUCCAAACAUUUUUACUAAACUUUAUUCCAUGUUUGAGCCAGAAAUUUUUCACACUAAAUAUAAAGCACGAUUAUUUUACUUGUCUGAUCUUUUCCUCAGUUCGACUCACCUACCGGAAGCAUUAGUUGCAGCAUUUGCUAAGCGACUCGCACGUUUAACAUUAGUAGCACCACCCGAAGAUAUUCUUAUUAUUUUAUUAUUUAUUGGCAAUCUUCUUCUAAGACAUCCAGGUUUAAAAAGACUUAUAGACCAUCCUCAAGGUGGGGAAUUAAUAUCCGAGGAAGGUACAGGAACCGGUGAUCCAUUUCUUAUGGAAGAACGAGAUCCCUUGCAAAGUAAUGCGCUUCUAAGUAGCCUUUGGGAAAUCAAAGCUCUUCAAUGGCAUAUAUUACCAAGUAUUGCUACAGCCGCACAUUUUAUUCGCGAAUCGCCUUCCUCUGUCGAAUACGAUAUGGCAUCUGCACUUCAACGUACUGGAGGACACAUAUUUGAUCGAGAAAUAAGAAAUAAAGUGAAAGAUAUUAUGUUAACGUUUGAACGUCCAGAUUCUAUGGCAUUACCAAAAGGUGAGCGUCUAUUACAGUACUGGCAACUUACAUCUAUACAUUGAUUUGCAUUAUUAAGACUAAUAGUGAAGCAUUUCUUAAAUAAUGCAAUGCAUACGUACGAGAUGAUCAAGAUUCUCGUGCGAGAUCAUCGUAUUAGUGUGAAACAGUGUGAUGUUAUAAAGGAUGAGUAUUAGAAAAGGAUUAUGAU